AUGGAACGCUGGCCGUUCUACGUGUUCCCAGCCAUGCACAAACUGGUGUUGGGCAUGGACUGGCAGGAGCGAACGCAUCCCUAUUACGACUGGAAGAACAAACGCCUUGUGUUCGAACAGUUGGACCGUCCGUUGGCACCCGAGUCGACCAUGCUUGUGUCCCCGGAUGCCGACCUGCGCGCAGUCAUUACGGGGUCGCCACCCCAACCGGACCACGAAGAGUGGUUGAUGCUGGCCGAGUUGAUUGCCAAAGAUCUUGACGAGCUGGACGAGGUCCGCAAAACCAUCCCCGAGAAGUAUCAUGAGUUUGCGGACGUGUUCAGCACGGUGCAAGCCAGUGAACUCCCGCCUCAUCAAUUGUUUGACCAUCGCAUCGAGCUACUGCCGGGCUCUCAGCCACCCGUACGACGACUGUACCAUUCGUCCCGGGAUGAACUGGAAUUGCUUUGGGCCUACAUCGACAACAUGUUGGCCAAAGGUUUUAUCCGGCCGUCCCGUAGCGAGGCGGCGUCCCCAGUGCUGUUUGUCGACAAGAAGGACGGGACCAAACGCCUCUGCAUAGACUACCGCGGGUUGAACUCGGUCACCAUGAAGGAUCGCAACCCGAUCCCGCUCAUUGAUGAACAGCUGGACCGCCUGGCAGGCGCCAUCCUCUUCACCAAAUUGGACCUGCUUGGCGCGUACAAUCUGGUUCGCAUCCGCGAGGGAGACGAGUGGAAGACCGCCUUCAAUUGCUGA